UUUAGCUAAAAUCGGUUAUUAGCCACCGUGUGUUAGCUGGCAGCAGCUGUAGGUAGAGAGCUGGAGACUUUUAUUUAGUUAUUUUUAUUUUUUUAUCAAAUUAUACUUUCCAAAAUUACUACUCACCAAAAAAAUUACACCUGAAGGGAGACGUAUCUCCUCUCCGGAACUGGACCUGGGACGACGGGGUAACAGCAGAAGAGGAGCAAACAGGUGAACAGUAGGGUCCUGGCCACUCAAAAUCAGUUAAAGUAUUAAUGGAGUCCCCUGUUUCAGAAGAACUGAAGUGCAGUGAGUGGGAAAGUAUGAGACUAUUCAAAACACUUUGCCGCUACAAAGAACAACGGUCUCCAUCUUCAAACAGUAGGAAUUCUCUCUGAAGCCUGUGGACCAAAGCAGGCCUGAGGACUCUGACAUACACUAAAUCCCUGCCCAGGGGAACAGGGGAGAUUAAAAACUUCUGAUUGAGGUGGAGAGGGAAGACACACAGAGAGAGGGAGGGAGAGACAGAGAGAAAAAGCUUAUCGUUCACCUUUGUUCUUCCUAAUGCCCCAAGUGAAGAAUCUCCAUAGGCAAGUCACUAAAUAACAGUAGACACAAGAGCAUCUGCCCACCACUGUAGUCAGAUGAUGGAGUGAGGGAGUGAAAGAGGAGAAGAGAACAGGAUUACAUCCUGUGAAAGAGCCAAGCUCAUAUUCUGCAUUAUUUGAAUGCCUGGGAGAGAGGAGAGACAUGAGAGGAAGCCUUUUCUGUGCCAACUGCUUCAAGAGGUAUUGCAAUUAACCCUCUGGCCAUCAUAAAAUAAUACCUGGCUCCUGCUGUUUUCUGAUCGCUGGGUUUGGUUGUACGGUGUUGCAUGUGUGCUCAGGCCGUGGUCAUGCUUCAACCCCCGGCAUUUAGACCAGAUCGGACCGGCUGUCAACAAAACAGCCUGUUUCUGCUGCUGCUGUUGCUGCUGCUGCUUCUCUACAGCUCCCUCCAGGCCGCUCAGGCGGCCAAACCCAAAGGGCCAGGACACACACAUUUGAACUCCAUCCGCAUAGACGGGGAUAUCUCCUUAGGUGGGCUCUUCCCAGUACAUGCCAGGGGCCACGAUGGCAAGCCGUGUGGGGAGCUGAAGAAGGAGAAGGGCAUACACAGACUGGAGGCCAUGCUCUUCGCCCUUGACCGCAUCAAUAAUGACAAUAAUCUGCUCCCAAACAUCACACUGGGAGCACGUAUCCUGGACACCUGUUCCAGGGACACUCACGCCUUGGAGCAGUCACUCACCUUCGUGCAGGCCCUGAUCGAGAAGGAUGGGACAGAUGUCAAGUGUCUGGGCGGGGGAGCGCCUAUCAUCACCAAACCUGAAAGGGUGGUGGGGGUCAUUGGAGCAUCCUCCAGCUCCGUGUCCAUCAUGGUGGCCAACAUACUACGCCUGUUUAAGAUACCCCAGGUGAGCUACGCAUCCACAGCUCCAGAGCUCAGUGACAACACCCGCUACGACUUCUUCUCCCGUGUGGUGCCUCCAGAUACCUACCAGGCCCAGGCCAUGGUGGACAUUGUCAAGGCCAUGCGCUGGAACUACGUCUCCACAGUGGCGUCUGAGGGAAACUAUGGAGAGAGCGGCGUCGAUGCUUUCAUUCAGAAGUCUCGCGAAGAUGGGGGUGUGUGCAUCUCCCAGUCAGUCAAGAUUCCCCGGGAGCCAAAGCAGGGAGAGUUUGACAAGGUCAUUCGGCGGCUCAAAGAAAACCCAAACGCGAGAGUGGUCAUACUCUUUGCCAACGAAGAUGAUAUCAGGCGGCUACUCCACGCAGCUAAAAAGGCCAACCAGACAGGUCAUUUCAUCUGGGUGGGUUCGGAUAGUUGGGGCUCAAAGAUCUCGCCAGUUGUGCACCAAGAGGAGAUGGCAGAGGGAGCUGUCACCAUCCUACCCAAGCGCCAGUCCAUCAAAGGGUUUGAUCGUUACUUCAUCAGCCGAACACUGGAAAACAACAGAAGGAAUAUCUGGUUUGCUGAGUUCUGGGAGAACAACUUCAACUGCAAACUCAGCCGUCACGCUGUGAAGAAAGGGUCCGGGCUCAAAAAGUGCACAAAUCAGGAGCGGAUAGGAAAGGACUCGAAUUAUGAGCAGGAAGGAAAGGUGCAGUUUGUUAUUGAUGCCGUGUAUGCAAUGGCCCAUGCCCUGCACAAUAUGCACCAGGAGCUCUGCCCAGGGAAGGUGGGCCUCUGCGCUAAAAUGGAUCCUAUCAACGGCACUCAUCUGCUGAAGCACAUCCGCCGUCUAAACUUUGCAGGCAUAGCUGGCAACCCUGUGCUCUUCAACGAAAAUGGAGAUGCCCCUGGACGCUACGAGAUCUACCAAUACCAGAUCCGAAACCGAACGGCUGAAUAUAAAAUCAUUGGCCACUGGACAGAUCAGCUCCACCUUAGCGUCCGUUCAAUGCAGUGGCCCGGCGGUGUCCGUCAGAUCCCUUCCUCAAUCUGCAGCCAGCCCUGUCAGCCUGGUGAGCGUAAGAAGAUCGUGAAGGGCAUCCCUUGCUGUUGGCACUGUGAGCGGUGUGAUGGUUAUCAGUACCAGGCGGACACCUACACAUGUAAGAUGUGUCGCUUUGAUUUGCGGCCCAAUGAAAAUCACACGGGUUGCGUUCCAAUUCCCAUUGUUAAGCUGGAGUGGAGCUCUCCAUGGGCAGUCAUCCCUGUGCUUAUUGCAGUCAUUGGCAUCAUGGCCACUUUGUUUGUGGUGGUCACGUUCAUCCGCCACAACGACACUCCCAUUGUGAAAGCAUCAGGCCGAGAGCUGAGUUAUGUGCUGCUAACUGGCAUCUUCCUCUGUUACGCCACAACAUUCCUGAUGAUUUCUACCCCCGAUGUAGGAAUCUGCUCCCUGCGCAGGAUCUUCUUGGGUCUGGGGAUGAGCAUCAGUUAUGCUGCCCUGCUCACCAAAACCAAUCGUAUUUACCGCAUCUUUGAGCAGGGCACCAUGUCUGUGAGUGCACCCAGGUUCAUUUCUCCAGCCUCCCAGCUAGUCAUCACGUUCACCCUGGCCUCAGUGCAGCUGCUGGGGGUAUGCAUCUGGUUUGGCGUAGAUCCCUCCAAGGCCAUUAUUGACUAUGAGGACCAGAGGACGUCUAACCCAGUACUGGCUCGUGGUGUGCUCAAGUGUGACAUCUCUGACCUGUCCCUGAUCUGCCUGCUGGGCUACAGCAUGCUGCUCAUGGUCACCUGUACAGUCUACGCCAUAAAAACCAGAGGGGUGCCGGAGACCUUCAAUGAGGCAAAACCCAUUGGUUUUACCAUGUACACCACCUGCAUUAUUUGGCUUGCAUUCAUCCCAAUCUUCUUUGGCACUUCACAGUCCACAGAAAAGAUGUACAUCCAAACAACCACGCUGACCAUCUCGGUGAGCCUGAGCGCUUCAGUGUCCCUCGGGUUGCUCUACAUGCCCAAGGUCUACGUGGUUCUCUUCCACCCCGAGCAGAAUGUGCCCAAGCGCACACGCAGCCUCAAGGCCGUGGUUACCGCUGCCACCAUGUCCAACAAGUUUAACCCCAAGGCCGGACUCAGACCAAACGGAGAAGCCAAGACCGAGCUUUGUGAAAGCCUUGAAACACAAACUUUCCCAUCAAAGCAAACCUACAUCAGCUACAGCAACCAUGCAAUCUAAGGGACAGGGGUUCUUGUCAUAAUUCAGGAUUUCCACCCUGACGGGUGGAGAAGAAAACACGCAGCGGAAUUUCACACGGCCUGCAAAAAAAAAAAAAUUUAAAAAACGGUUGUGUCAUUUUACGGGUGGAGAUCACAGAAGCGUUGCCCAAAGAAGUGACAUGGCGAGGAGAGACCACAAACAGGUGCAGGGAUGGACAAAACACAGGACCAGAACAGAUAACAGUACAAUUGUAAUGAUCCAUCUUCUGUCUGCCUCACAAGAAUAAACACACGAAAAAAGAAAAAUGAAAAAUACUUGCAUGGCAGAGGCCUGGAGACUGAAGGAUGGAGCUUUCCAUUUGAGUGUUUACAUUUCAGCUAUGCCCUCUUUCAAAGACUUACCUGUCAUCCUGAGCAGCGCUGACUGAGAGAAGAACUAAAAUCAAGAAUAUGUUCAGGUGUUCUUAAUGUUGUCUGCCAGUUUUGCAAACUAUAAUUAAUCUUAAAAUCCUCAAGGCAUCACAAGGGAUUAAUCAACACCAAAAAGGCAUGAAAACGUGGUCCAUGGAUUUCUAAAAGGGGUUUGUGUUUGUUUUUUAUCUCUAAAUGUAUUCCCGGCUCAUGAGUCAAGUGACUGGAAACGGUUAUCAUCUCUACAAUGCAACAAAUCUGUACCAGACUCCAUGUAUUUUUAUUUCCUCUUCUAGGUUCCCACUGACUUAAUAAGAAUGACUACAUGUAUAAGGUGGUCUCUGCUGAUUUUGAGCAUGCCAAUGUCAACAUCCUGUGUUGUGUUGUUAAAAAAAAAAAAAAACCAAAACAAAACAAAAAAAAACCCGAACAAAACAAAGAAAAUGAAAAAAUAAUAUAUUUGGAAUGCAUUUAAACUCCGUUGCAGCGUUGUUAACAAUUGUUUGGGCCAAAGCCUAUUGUACGUUAAAAACUGUUCUCAAAUGGUGAAGGUCUAGUGAGUGAUUGUUUAUCUGUGCUUAAGUGAGGCCAUGAUUUGUAUUACCAGCUAGCCCAAGACUGCCACUCCCCUCUGCAUACCUGUAUGUGCUUGGAAACAGCAGCUCCUGGUUAAAGUAGACAGUAUUUUAGCCAGGAGAUCUUACUGUAAGCUGUCGUCCAGGAUGACCCUCCCAUCACUGCCACCAGCUACUCUCUUGGUCAGUCGUAGCGUAAGGGUAAAGCUUAGCUGUACAGAUCCAUUAGGAGGGGAAUUAAGAGGAAGUAUGCCCUUGAGAGGACCGUGCAAUAUGCCCUGAAGGUGAUAUCCAUAAUGGACCAGCCACUGAGAGAAUUCAUUACUAUACUUGCCCUCCUAAGGCACUUUUCAUAAUAGGGAGGCAGUGUCAGGAAGUUGUAAGGCUUUUCAACAAAUUAAAAUCUAAUUGCAAAAGUACACAAUAUCUCGAUCCAUCACCCUCAGCUUGCUGAACAGAUUAAUAGGUGGCUUUUUGCAGUAUAAAAGCCCUCUAAUGUCUUGGGGAAAACAUUGUGGGGUCAUUUGUGUUGUGAAUUCAAUGCUGCUUUUCAUGCCUCCCUCUGUAUUACUUUCAACACCAUUUGUGUUGCAGAAUAAAAUGUGAGUGCUGACCAAAUUAAAUGGCAAGUUAAUGUAUGUUAUUAAAUAGAUUGAUGAUGUCUGCUUUAUGUCCUGACAUAUCCUAAAAUUGGGGAAAAUGUACAAAAAGAUACAGUGCCUGGCUAUCUGACUAUGUAUUUGUAAAACCUCAUGAAAACUAAUGAAGUGUGUGAAGCAUGUUUAGUUUUUUUUUUAUACAAAAU